AUGACUGGAUACAACUUAAAAACACAUUCUGUUCCAACUCCAGUUGUGAUUACUUGUCUUAUACUAAUUACUACUUUUUAUGUUGUCAUUCAUUCGAACGUAUCUUAUAUUGAAUUUCAAAAAAUUAAACUUGGAAAUGUUACGAUACAUCCAGAACUAUUAUCACCACGUAUUCUUUGUCUAAUAGUAACAGCACCAAAAUAUUUUCUUGAUCGUAUAAAAGCGAUUAAUGCAACAUGGGCUCCACGAUGUGAUCGUUAUUUCUUUAUUACAGAAUACAUUCCACAAAAUAUGACACUUCAACAAAUUAAUUUCGCACAACAAAUACCAAUUGCACCCAUUCAAAAUAUUACACCUGGCUAUGAUCAUUUAACACAAAAAUCAACAGUAGCUUUUCAAUUUGCAUAUGAAAACUAUUUCAAUGAUUUUGACUGGUUCGUCAAAGCAGAUGAUGAUACAUAUUUGAUUGUUGAAAACUUAAAAGCUUUUCUAAGUGAUAAAAAUACAUCUGAACCUGUGACAUUUGGAUAUAAUUAUAAGACGAAUGUUCCAAAGGGAUACCAUGCAGGUGGAGCAUCUUAUGCAUUAAGUCGAGAAUCAUUACGAAGAUUUAAUGAGGCUCAUAAAGAUCCAAACUCUACGUGCGUUAAAGAUGGUGGUGCUGAAGACGUUGAAAUUGGUAAAUGUCUUCGUACUAAAGAUGUUUAUAUGGGUAAAUCAUUGGAUAAACAAAACCGUGAAUUAUUUCAUCCAUUCAAAUAUAUCGAGCAUUUUUAUGGCAAUUUUAAGGUUUGGCUUAAGGAAUACGCUGAGAAUCCGUUACAAACUGGUGACAAUUGUUGUGGUGAUAGAACAAUUUCAUUUCAUUAUAUUACUCCUGAUGAAAUGUAUCUGAUGGAUUUUUUAUUAUACAAAAUGCGAUCUAGAGAUGUACCGCAAAGAAACAAGUGA